CACUGUUGUUGUGGCAAUGGAGAAGGCAAAGUCGCGUCUGCCAGCACGAAAGCUGCUGCGAAUGGGCAAGCGUCUCGUGCUGCUCGUCGCAUUCCUCUUCGGCGUUGCGUACUUGAAGUACGUUGCAGAAUUCUCUUCCUCGACGUGGUACACUGCUCGGGUCAUUCCCAAUGAUGGCUGCUCAUCCGCUUGCCGUAGCGCACGCGGUUACAAGUUCUCAGUUAAACCCGACACCGAACCAUUUGCCUAUAUAGUUGGAAGCGAAUUCGGAACCAAAACCAUCAACCCUGGUGACUGCGUCUGUGUGCACGCAGUAGUGCCUCCAAAAACUGACGGUAAUGCAGGAACGGCUAAUUCUACGCUGUACCGGCCAAUUCCAGGGUACCCGGCGGACUCAAUAAUGCUAGAUCUAGUGCUCAGAACCACGCGCGACGAGAACGGCAACGAAGACGCGCUUUACAAGGGUUCGCAUGUCACAGUGCCCGUUGAUCUUUAUGCCAAAUCCGAUGACAGGGAUCCCACCCGUGCACACAUUUACCAGGGCACAGCACGCCUCUACGAUCCCGGAGUAUACGACGUUGAUGCGCGCCUCGACUACCGCAACGGAGAGUGGAACGCAGAGCCCCACCAAGAUUCUGUUCCGUAUGGCGAGACCCGAAUGAAGACAACCAUCCCAAGCAACGAGUUUGUUCUGAGCCAAGUUCAUGUGAAGUUGGACGUGAAGCACCCAACGUACCUGAAGCGUCACCAGAACCUGCCACUGUGCACUCGAGGCGAUGAAGCCGGGCGCUGGAUCCCUGAAGCGAAUCUGCCGAGCACGUGGCAGAAAUGGCAGUACAUGUUUCCUGCCGAAGACGGGCGUGUCUGGCUCCCGUAUCACUGUCGUAUGCGGCGCAUCAGCCAUCCCGAGUUCACGCUCUACAUGUCCGCCCGGUACUCGUCUAUUCACUGGUACGGAGACUCGAAUUCGCGCCGCACAUUACGCCCGUUCCUCAGUAGCGGCAGGUGGUGCCAUAAAAAGUCUCAGCUCAGCCGCAUUGACUGCCUGUGCAAUGACGCACCCAAGGACCUGUUUCCUGAUGAGUGGUAUUCGAACAUGCCGGUUCCGCAUUGGUAUCGUAUACAUAGCGACGGCGUAAGGAGCAGCGAGAUAUACAGUGAUCUGCGAAACCUGCCAGUGGAUCCAACAGAUGAGCGGCCGAUUGUCGAGAAGGAUCCGAUCAGAGAAGACUACCUUCCGGACUAUGUGCCGCCCGGAUACUCGCUGCGGAACGACUACUUUGACCUGUAUUAUCUGUUCACUCGAGGCACGCUGGACAUGCAGGGCAGCUUCUGGGACCGCGACAUUACACGCCGCAAUAUCUCACAGUACCGCGAGGCUAGCUUGGUAGUAGUGCAAAUCGUCACCUGGGACGCGGCAUUCGGCAACUGGACCUGGUUUACAAAGCAAGUGGUUCGCAUGGCAGACAGGCUCAAGUCGGUGUAUCCUAGAGCCAGGUUUAUCUACAGGUCAGGCCCGUUCUGGUGCUGCCGGAUGUCGGACGACCCCGAGAAAAAGUACGACCGGCUGAGGUUCCAGGCAUUUGAUCGGCUUGCGCGCAAGACGUUCGUCAAGAAGCUCAGUGCGCAGGUGUGGGAUGUCACGGAGAGCCAUCGAUGCAGGUCACCCGAGAUGAAGCGGUACAGCGAGAACAUGCCAUGCAAGAGCGCACAUAGCCGCGCCGAAGUGAUCCACCUGGACAACCAGAUCCUGAUGAACAUGCUGGUAAAUGGGUAAGC